GAAAAAAUACAAAGCACUUUAGCUUCAGUCUUCACUGUUCCUGCAGGAUUCGCUGUAGACUGUUAACCCAUCACCAAUGGAAAGGCUGAUUCAGUUACUGCUUUUCUCAGGAUUCUGGACGUUCACACAGAGCAACCCAAAUAAAUAUAUUCUCAUAAAGGAGAAUAAGACCUGGGCUGAUGCACAAGCUUACUGCAAAAAGUAUCACAUUGACUUGGCCACAAUUGCAAGCACUACAGACCUGACAGAUGUACAAGAAGCGGUUGGCACUGUGCUGCCUCCAUUGGCCUGGAUUGGAAUGUACAGAAAAAAUAACACUAGGGGGUGGAUUUAUACGACAAAUCCUGUAAUGUUCUCUGUCUGGAAGCCUGGACAGCCAGACAACUCAGAUGCAAAAUCGGAAUGUGCUGUCAUCAGUGCCAGUGGAUGGGACGAUAUAUCAUGUGAUGAAAAGGUUCCAUUUUUUUGCUUAAAUGUGAAAAUUGGAGACCGGUUUGUUUUCAUCUCUCAAAACAAGUCACAGGCAGAUGCUUUGGCUCACUGCACAAAGUAUUACACAAGCCUGGCCAUGAUUUUGAAUCAAACUGAAAAUGACCUGCUGGUGAAUAUGAUGGUAGGAUAUGAAAAAGCAUGGAUUGGUAUGUUUAAGGACCCUUGGAGGUGGUCAGAUAAAACAAUUAUUCCCCCCCAAAAAUGGAGCGCUGGACAACCUGACAUUACUGGCCUGUACCCGCUUUGUGGCGCAACAACUGUUGAUGGAUUUGAUGAUCGACUCUGCCCAGAGACCCUUCCAUUUUUAUGCUUACGUGAUUCAAAGAAUAAGAUCAUGAGAGUGGAGUUGAAAUCGAGUCAGAAUCCGAAUGACCCUGCGGUGAUGGAAAACAUCUUACAGUUGAUGAAGCAGAAACUGAAGGAUCGUGGGAUAGGGAAUGACACAACAUUGACAUGGAAAGUUCAGCCAGAUGGAAAUGUUUUCUCAUCAAAACAUGAAAGUGAAGUGAACCAGACACCCUGUUCAGACCCUUUCUUUUAA